AUGCACAACACAUUUUACCUUUUCUCAAAUGAGGAGCAUAUUGAAGUAGUUGUCUGGCAAGAAAGAUAUUUUAUGGCUCAAAGUAUUGUUUCUAAAGCUUUGUAUGACCCUCAUGUGCAUAUCAUCAAAUGUAGGCAGGCACGCAGAUGUAAUAGGAAGUACUGGAAAUCCCAAAACCUGAAUUUUACUGAUCAGCUUAAGGAGGUAACGGUAGUGCUUUCCAAUGGGUUCAAUGGAAUGGAGUUAGCAAGGUAUGUUCUUGAGCAAGCGAAUUUGGAGAAAAUGGUCAUAUUUUAUUUACCUCACCAAUCAUAUGUUAUAAAAAAGGUAAAACCAAGCAAGAUGGCUUUCACUGCGACAAUUGUCUUUCACAUAAAAACAGCUGAGAUGAAUCAUGAAGUACAGAGUAGGUUCUGUACUUCUCCAGAGAUUUUGUUGAUGUAA